CUUUGGAAUCGCAUCUCGAGACUCGCUCAGCGUCCCAGCUCGCAUCCCCCCUGCAGCGGCGGCGGCCGGCCGCGGACUGAGCCAUGUACACCCACAGCAGCGUGCUGGGCACCUCCCCCGCCGCCCGCCCGGCCAGGGACCCCUCGGUGAGGCGUCGGGAGCCCGACCCGCUGCCAGCCCCGCGGCAGGUUUUGGAGGCGACUCCGGAGACCCCUUCGCGGGAUGGACCUGGGCACGAGGGCCAGAGGCUCAUAGGUGCCUACACCUUGAUAGCACCAAAUGAAAACCGAAGAAAGCAGAUACAAAGGAUUGCUGAGAAAGAGCUGGAGAACCUGGAGAAGUUGAAGGAGCAAAAUAGAGCGAAGCCAGUUAACCUGGUACCAAGGAGGCUAGGUGGAAGCCAAUCAGAGGUUGAAGUCAGGCAGAAACAACAACUCCAACUGAAGCAAUCUAAAUACCAGCAAAAGCUAAAAAGAGAAGAAUCUGUAAGAAUCAAGAAAGAAGCUGAAGAAGCCGAAAUCCAAAAAAUGAAGGCAAUUCAGAGAGAGAAGAGUGAAAAACUAGAGGAGAAAAAAAGACUUCAAGAAAAUCUCAGAAGAGAAGCAUUUAGAGAGCAUCAGCAAUCCACAACUGCUGACUUCUUGAGCAGACUGGAGACAGAAUUGCCAAACAGAAGUACCUAUCAAACUGCUUGCCAUAACCUACAAUCUUCAGCUUGGGCCAGAAGACAGGCUUAUAAGGAUUCUCUAAAGGAAGAAGAAAAUAAAAAACUACAGAAGAUGAAGGAAGAACAACACCAAAAGAGUGAAUUUCUGGAAUUUAAGCGACAACAACAGGAGGAAGAAAGAAUCAGAACCCAACAGGAUGAGCACAGGAGGGUAAAUAAUGCUUUUCUGGACCGACUCCAAGGCAGAAGUCAACCAGGUGGCCUGGAGCACUUUGGAGGCUAUUGGAAUAUGAAUGGUGGUAACAGCUGGGAUAUAUGAGAAACGUUUACUUACAUCUGACCUCUGUCAACUGACCUUGAAAACUGCCAUGAGAUGCUUUUUUAGAAUGCGGUUUUAUUCACCUUCAGUGCUUUUACCUCGACUUCAACUGCCCACCCACACAGCUGAGCAGCCGGGAUGACAGGUUUCUCCCUGCCAUUGUUUAUGUGUGUUUGCAGGAGCUGAUUAUUGAACUCAUAUUUAAUCUCUACUGUCAGUGAAAUGUUACAGUAUUUUUCUAAUUGGUUUUGCCUCUUAUUGGAAGUAUAAUUACAGCAAUGUUAAUAAGAGAGAAAAUGAGGGGCUCAUUGGAUGCUUUCAGGUUACGGGGAACUAUGGGUGGGUACUGUAUGCUUGUCUCUCUAAGCAGCUAAUUCUCAGAUCAGGUUUGGGGAAGCUUUGGCAUCUUUUUGGAUUUUAAUCCCUACUUUCUUAAUUCACUGUAUAAACAUGAGUAAAAGACAAAAAUAAAUCUUUUAAUCUCUUUUUAACCAAUUUAUAAAUAAAUUUUGAACUACC